AUGCAGCUGGGUGAGCCGCUGCUGACGGCGGCAGGGGCACUGCCGGGCGCCCCCUUCUACCCGCUGGAGGGCGGCGGGCGCGGUGGAGCCGCUGGAGCCGGGACGGGCGCUCCAGGCGGCUCCCGCGGGCCGCCCGGUCCGGGAUCGCCGCAGCGCCUCGACCUGGACAAGAUGCCUAAGAAGUUUGGAGCGGCGCCCGCCAUCCUGGGCGAGGCGGAGACCGUCGAGCCGCCCUUCGCCGCCCCCAAGCCGGACGGCCGCAAAGCCACCCCAUGUGGGGACGAGGAGCUGCCCCCGGCCGCCGCCGCCCGCUACUCCAUGGAUAGCCUGAGCCCCGAGCGCUACUACCUGCAGUCCCCCGGACCGCCCGCCGCCGACCUGGGGGGGCCCUGCGCCCUGUUCCCGUACCCGCCGGCGGCGCAGCACGGCGCCGUCUAUCAGCCGCCCGGCGGGCCGCGCUACCCCUACGGCUCCGUGCUGUCCCCGGGCGGCUUCGCGGGCGCCGUGUGCCCGCCCGGCGGCCGAUCGCAGUUCGGAGGCGGCGGCGGGUAUCAGUACGGGCAGUCGACGGGCGGCGGAGCCCUCUACGGCCCUUAUCCGCCGGCGUCGGGCUCCUGCGGAGGCCUCGGCGCGCUGGGGGUGCCGGCCGCCGGCCCGGGGAUGCGGGCUCAGGUCUUUCUUUGCAACCGGCCUCUCUGGCUCAAGUUCCACCGGCAUCAGACGGAGAUGAUCAUCACCAAGCAAGGCCGGAGAAUGUUUCCCUUCCUGAGCUUCAACAUCACCGGCCUCAACCCCACGGCGCACUACAACGUUUUCGUGGAGGUGGUGUUGGCGGACCCCAAUCAUUGGCGUUUCCAGGGGGGCAAGUGGGUGACCUGCGGCAAGGCCGACAACAACAUGCAAGGCAACAAGGUCUACGUUCAUCCUGAGUCGCCAAACACCGGGGCUCACUGGAUGAGGCAGGAGAUUUCUUUCGGGAAGCUGAAGCUCACGAACAAUAAAGGCGCUAACAACAACAACGCGCAGAUGAUAGUACUUCAGUCCCUACACAAGUACCAACCCCGACUUCACAUUGUGGAAGUGACUGAAGAUGGUGUUGAAGAUCUGAAUGAUUCCUCGAAGACUCAAACGUUUAUUUUCCCUGAAACGCAGUUCAUAGCAGUUACAGCAUAUCAAAACACUGAUAUUACACAGCUCAAAAUUGACCAUAAUCCUUUUGCAAAAGGCUUCAGAGACAAUUAUGACUCCAUGUACACAGCUUCCGAAAAUGACAGAUUAACUCCAUCUCCCACGGAUUCUCCUAGAUCCCACCAGAUCGUCCCUGGCGCCCGAUACAGUAUGCAGCCAUUCUUCCAAGAACAGUUUGUCAACAACCUGCCCCCAGCCCGCUUUUACAACGGUGAGAGAGCUGUCCCUCAGACAAAUGGCCUGCUGUCCCCACAGCCGAACGAGGAGGUGGCCAGCUCUCCUCAGCGGUGGUUUGUGACGCCCGUGCAGCAGCCUAGUGCCAACAAACUGGACAUGAACUCCUAUGAGACGGAGUAUUCUCAUAGCACCUUGCUCCCUUAUGGCAUUAAAUCCCUCCCCCUUCAGACAUCCCACGCUCUGGGAUACUACCCUGACCCGACAUUUCCAUCCAUGGCAGGCUGGGGGAGCAGGGGCUCUUACCAGCGAAAAAUGACAACAGGACUAACUUGGACCUCAAAAACGAGUCCUCCGGGAUUCACUGAAGACCAGCUUUCCAAGGACAAGGUGAAAGAAGAAAUUGGCUCGUCCUGGAUAGAGACUCCACCUUCUAUAAAGUCUCUAGAUUCAAAUGAUUCUGGGGUCUACACAGGUGCUUGUAAGAGAAGACGCCUUUCCCCUAGCACUUCCAGCAAUGAAAAUUCCCCGACAAUGAAAUGUGAGGACAUUAAUGCUGAGGACUAUAGCAAAGACACUUCAAAAGGCAUGGGCUACUAUGCAUUCUAUACUAGUUCUUAAAGCAUCUUUUUUUAUUCCAAUUGGCUGAUUUUUAAUUAUUUUUUUUCAGGGUGGCCUUGGGUUUUUUUGCAUUACAAUUGCCAAAAAGACUCUUUGCCUUCCACCUUGAGUUGUUGUGUGCAAUUCUAAAGAAGGUGCCAAAGCUUUUUGACUGUUGCAGGUAACAAAGUAGGGAAAUAGCAAACCAUGGGAGAAUUCUUCCCCUUGUUUAGGAGGAGCCAUAUGCAGAAGCUGUAAGAACUCUAGUGUCUAAAUAUGUGGUGUGCUUAUUUGAGACACUAAAGUGUACAGUUUGGGUUGGCUCAGA